AUGGGCUGCAAAUGUUCCAAAGAUGAUUCUUUGGCUAUCCGACAUGGCUGCCAAGACCUACAAUGGAGGCCUCUGCAUAAAGGGUCAAGUGAGAGGAUCGAGAAUCAUGUAGUAGCAGCAGUAACAACGACAAGAGAAGAGAAGAAGCAAAAGCAAAUUAAAAGCAGGCAAUUAGGUGGCCAAGUUGGGAUCUUCGACACCUUAGGCUUCGAUAGGAUCCCCAAGGCUGUCAUAGGAGAGCUGGUCACAGCAGGUUGGCCUACUUGGCUGGCGAAUGUAGCAGGUGAAGCUAUCCGGGGAUGGAUUCCUCAAAGUCGAGACAAGUUUGAUUUGCAGAAUAAAAUUGGCCAUGGAUCUUAUAGUGUGGUUUACAAGGCUCGUGAUAUCGAACGUCACAAAUUCGUUGCUCUAAAGAGAAUAGAGUUAAAUCAUCUUGAUCCUCAAGGAAUCAAGUUUAUGGCAAGGGAAAUCCUUGUUCUAAGGAGGCUUGAUCAUCCAAAUAUUAUAAAAUUGGAAGGUGUAAUCACAUCCCAGAGUUCAGGCACCUUGUAUCUUAUUUUCGAGCACAUGGAUCAUGAUCUUUCCGAAAUUGCAUUGAUUUCUAACUUCAACUUCACAGAAUCCCAGAUCAAAUGCUAUACGCAGCAACUCCUAAAUGGACUUGAUCAUUGUCAUAGCCAAUUUGUUCUGCAUCGUGACAUAAAGUGUUCGAACCUCUUUAUUGGCAAAAAUGGUGUAUUGAAAAUUGGUGAUUUUGGGUUAGCAAGUUUAUAUGAUCCUCAAAAUCUUUUCCCGUUAACAAGCCAUGUUGUUACUCGUUGGUAUCGACCUCCGGAGUUGAUACUUAAAUCAUCUCAUUACGGAGGUGCUGUAGAUUUAUGGAGUAGCGGUUGCAUUCUUGCUGAAUUAUUUAUGGGGAGGCCUGUUUUUCCUGGAAAGUCAGAGAUUGAACAAUUGCAAAGAAUCUUCAAGCUUUGUGGGUCACCCCCAGAUGAGUAUUGGGACAAAUUCCCUCCAUCAAUGAAAGUGUUAAAAUCUGCAAAACAAUAUAAAAGAUGCAUUGUAGAAUACUGUAAACAUGUUCCUCCGGCAGCUGUAAGUCUUAUAGACACUUUUCUCUCCAUCGAUCCGGCUGGCCGAGGAACUGCAGCAUCUGCUCUCAACAGUGAGUUCUUUAUGGCAGAACCGCUUGCUUGUAAUUCUUCAAUCUUGCCUGAGUAUCCUUGGAGCGAAGACCCUCAUCCUAAGAGUAAAGAAAGAAGGAAAGGGAUCGACAGAUGCCAAACCGAACCUCCGGCAAUUUCAAUUCCUAGAGCAGAUGUUCCAUUCACCAAUUCAAAGCAGUUUGAUUUCUUCUUGCAGAAAGUGCUAAGCCAUCAACAGACAACUACAAAUUCUUUUCUUGAAGCUACCCAUAAAAAUAUUGAUAGGAAAUCUUCAUAUUUUCAUGGUGUUGAUAGCUACAAACUAGCUGAGGAAUUGAGGGAUUCUUCUUCCCUUUCUUCUACCACAAUUAACUCUGACCUGUCCUCCACUUAUCCAAGAAUCAUAAGCACUGAUCUUAGAUCAUUUCAUGUUCAAUCCAGUUUGAAACAGAUUCGAAAGCACUGCGAGCAGGAGAUCGUCACAUGUUCUCUUGAGAUAAGUAGUGGGAAAACCUCAACAGAUUAA